CGUGGCAUGACUACCACAAACAAGGGAAACAAAGCCUUGAAGGUGAAGCGGGAGCCGGGGGAGAAUGGCACCAGCCUGACGGACGAGGAGCUGGUGACCAUGUCGGUGCGAGAGCUGAACCAGCACCUGCGGGGUCUGACUAAAGAGGAGAUCCUGCAGCUCAAGCAGCGGCGGCGCACGCUGAAGAACCGGGGCUACGCCGCCAGCUGCCGCGUAAAACGCGUCACCCAGAAGGAGGAGCUGGAAAAGCAGAAGGCCCAGCUGCAGCAGGAGGUGGACAAGCUGGCGACGGAGAACGCCAGCAUGAAGGUGGAGCUGGACGCGCUCCGCUCCAAGUACGAGGCUCUGCAGAGCUUCGCCAGGACUGUGGCCCGUAGCCCCGUCACCUCCGCUACCACCAGGGCGCCCAUGUCCUCUGUUAUAGGGCCCCUCAUCCCUGGCAAAGUGGCCGCCACCAGCGUCAUCACCAUUGUCAAGUCCAAAACGGAGGCCAGGUCGUAG